AUGGAAAAGACGCUGCGAGAAUGGUUCCAAAAACUUGGUCCUGAGAUCGAUGUGCUCAUCGAGGAAAGAAGAAGCCAAAAGCCCAUGUUCGAGCCCGAAACCGAAGACUCAGCCGACGAAUUGGACCAGUCGAUCCACUGA